AUGCAGCAGCAGCGGCAGCAACAACAAGGCUUAGACAUAGACAAGCUACAACAUGCAGUGAAGAUCCGCUGGCUAAAGCCUCAAGAAGUUCUGAAGAUACUGCAGAAUCAUGAGUUGUUCACGAUCUCACAUAAGACCCCACAGAAGCCACAGAGUGGUUCUUGGUUUCUUUUCAAUCGUAGAGUACUCCGGUACUUUCGAAGUGAUGGAUUCGAAUGGCAAAAGAAGAAGAAUGGGAAGACCAUUAAUGAAGCUCAUGAGCGCCUUAAGGUUGAUAAUGUGGAUGCACUGAAUUGCUACUAUGCUCAUGGAGACAAAAAUCCUACAUUUCAGAGGCGGAUAUAUUGGAUGCUGGAUCCGGCUUAUGAACACAUUGUCCUUGUCCACUAUAGGGAUGUUCUAGAGGGCAGCAUUUCAGUGUCUGCACGAAAUGAUUCUUCAACAUCGAAUCAGAAUGGCAGUGCUAGCAGAGCUGAAGUACAUAGUUCACCUGGUUGGACAAGUGAGUUAAUUGUACAAUGUCCCAAUUCAUGCAGUCCGGGAUCUGUGGAAGAAGUUAGUUCCCGAACUAGUGCAAGUGAAUCUGAUUGGAUUCAACAUAAGGCAGCCUUGCGGAAGCUUAAAAUGCAGCUGAGUCUGGAAGACAAAGAAGAUUGUGAUGUUAAUGCCGAGGAAGUUCCAGCAAAUAAUGAGCCUAUUAUUUUGCCUGGGAUUCAGAAUGAGGAGCUAGGCACUUCUAGGAAUCAUGAUGAUAUCUUUGAUGUGCUGGACUUUAGUGAAGAUUAUAUCAAUGGAACUGGAACCCACCCAUGUCCCAGUGCUAUUGAUGUGCUAAAAAAUUCAGACACAUGGUUAGAGGAGGAUCAACUUGAGGCAAUUCUGCAUCCAGCGUGUAUGACACUGACUGAAAAUCAAUGGUUCAAGAUCCAUGAGGUUUCUCCAGAAUCAGCGUUUUCUUCUGAAAGUACAAAGGUUAUCAUUGUAGGAGACUUCCUUUGCAAUCCCCCUCACAGUUCAUGGGAAGUGCUGUUUGGUGAUGUUAAGGUACCUGUGGAAAUUAUCCAGCAAGGUGUCAUCCGUUGCCAUACUCCAUGCCUUAAUACUGGAAAAGUGAGAAUGUGCUUGAUCGAUGGGAAUGGGAAGUCCUGUAGUGAAGCACGAGAAUUUGAAUUCCUUGAAAAGCCUACCAAAGGCAUGAUUGAUGGAAACAGGAACCCCUGCAAUGAAGCACGAGAUUCCAAAACCCAUCAGAUACCAACCAAAAGUAGUGACAAGUUGUCACUGUUACUACACUAUGUUCAGACGCUUUUUGAUGGUCAUGCUUCUGGGCUAUUUUCAAAUUUUAGCUUGCCACUCCCAAAUCUCGGCUGUGAAUUCCAAAUCAACCAAAUGGAUAUCAUAAAGAAGGCGUAUGAGCAGCUGGACCCUGAGAAUACAGUAAAUAGUGUCAUGGAAGCAUUGCUUAAUGACAAGUUUAAGCAAUGGCUGUCAUCUAAAUGUGAACAGAAUAUUGACGGAGACCAUUUGCUUCCUAAGCAAUACCACAGUAUUAUACAUAUGAUUGCAGCCUUGGGAUAUGUCUUGGCUUUGAAGCCACUGCUUAGUUCUGGAGUGCCUAUAAACUACCGUGAUGCAAAUGGAUGGACCGCUCUACAUUGGGCUGCAAGGUUUGGCAGAGAAGAUAUGGUGGCGUCUCUUCUUACUGCUGGUGCUGCAGCUGGUGCACUUUCACAUCCGACAUCAGAGGAUCCUGCUGCCAAAACACCUGCUUCAAUAGCUUUGGCAUAUGGUUUCAAGGGCCUAUCCGCAUUCCUUUCAGAAGCACAAUUAACAACUCAUCUUGAUUCUAUCGAAUCAAAAGAAAAUGGAAAACUUGAUUCUACGGAAGGGGGGAUAUGUCGUGCUGUGGACAGAAUAUCAGACAAAAGCAGCCACGUGCAUGGUGGAACUGAUGAUCAGCUUGCGCUUAAGGAUUCCCUAGGAGCUGUCCGGAAUGCAGUUCAGGCUGCAGGACGCAUACAAGCUGCAUUCCGAAUUUUUUCCUUUAAGAAAAAGAAAGAGAUGGCUCUUCAGAGCAGAAAUAGCUGCUGCUUGUCCAUUAGUGAGACAGGAGCAGUUUCACAUGGUAUGCUGGAGAAAGCUGCAUUAUCUAUCCAGAAGAACUUCAGGUGCUGGAAAAAACGUAAAGAAUUCCUGAGGAUACGAAAUAAUGUUGUCAGGAUACAGGCCCGGGUGAGAGCUCAUCAAGAAAGAAAGAAGUACAAGGAAUUACUUUCAAGCGUCGGAGUCCUUGAGAAGGUGAUGAUACGGUGGUACCGUAAAGGUGUUGGUUUGCGUGGAUUCAAUUCUGGGGCGAUGCCUAUUGAUGAAGAGGUGGACGAAGACGUUGCCAAGGUUUUCCGGAAGCUCAGAGUGGAAACAGCCAUUGAUGAAGCUGUUUCAAGGGUAUCAUGUAUCAUUGGCAGCCCUAAAGCAAUGCAGCAGUACCGUAGGAUGCUCAAGAGGUACCAACAAGCAAAGGUGAAUCUCUUCUCAAAAACUUGUAGUGCCACAGCUACCAUGAUCAUAGUUGUGAUCCAUUAA